AACGGAAACUGGGCCACGAGAUGGUGGGAAAGGUUGAGGGGAGCGAAUGAGCAGCAGAGAAAAGGAGACCAUUGUGAGAAGAGGCGGAGAACGGGAAAGGUUGCAGUUCAGUUCUUUAUGUCUUCCCCUGAAAUUAUUUCCCUUUCAUGGGGGCAAAUGAAAGUACAAGGCUCUACUACAAACUAUAAGGACUGCAAAGUAUGGCCAGGGGGCAGUCGGGCUUGGGAUUGGAGAGAAACAGGAACUGAGCAUUCUCCUGGUGUGCAGCCUGCAGAUGUGAAGGAAGUUGUUGAGAAGGGUGUACAGACCCUUGUGAUCGGCCGAGGGAUGAACGAGGCCCUGAAGGUGUCUCCAUCAACUGUGGAGUACCUCGAGAAACAAGGCAUUGACGUGCGGGUCCUCCAGACAGAGCAGGCAGUGAAGGAGUAUAAUGCCUUGGUUGCCCAAGGGGUCAGGGUGGGAGGUGUCUUCCAUUCUACCUGCUGAUGGAGCCUUAAGAGAAUAAAUCACUAAGCAACUAUGCCUGUGA